AUAGAAGAUUUACCUGAAUCGCACAAACCCUCAGUCAUUUCAUUUCUUAAUAAACCCUAAUCCCAAAAAAUGAGAAAAUUUUGGGUGAUUUUUGUGGCUUCGAUCGUGACCCUUCUUCCAUUUCUAAGCAACUCUUUAUCUCCUGAGAUUCCUACCGAUCUCCGUGUUCUGGUCCUCCUCGAUGACUUCGCCAUCAAGUCUUCCCACUGUUCCUACUUCAACUCCCUCAGAUCACGCGGCUUUGACCUUGACUUCAAACUCGCCGACGAUCCAAAGAUCUCCUUGCAGCGCUACGGCCAGUACCUCUAUGAUGCAUUGAUCCUGUUCUGUCCUGCCGCUGAACGAUUUGGGGGAUCUAUUGAUGUUGCUGCCAUUGUCAAUUUUAUUGAUUCCGGUCAUGAUUUAAUUAUUGCGGCGGAUGUUAAUACUUCUGAUUUGAUUCGGGAAGUUGCCACUGAAUGUGGAGUUUUCUCUGAUUUGAUGAUUCAUGAUCCUUCGGCCAUGGUUAUUGAUCACACUGGCUAUGCAGUUUCAGAAACAGAAGGAGAUCAUACUUUGAUUGCCUCUGAUGAUUUUAUUAAGUCUGAUGUGAUUUUAGGAAGCAAGAAAAUUACAGCUCCUGUACUUUUCCAGGGCAUUGGUCAUUCUCUAAAUCCUGUCAAUAGCUUGGUGUUAAAAGUUCUCUCAGCUUCUCCAUCUGCCUAUUCGGCUAAUCCCAAGUCCAAGCUGUCAACUCCACCAUCAUUGAUGGGUUCUGCAAUCUCCUUAGUUUCAGUUGUCCAGGCAAGGAACAAUGCACGAAUUUUGAUUUCUGGUUCACUGAGUAUCUUCAGCAACCGAUUUUUAAGAUCUGGUGUGCAGAAGGUUGGGAGCACAACCAAAAAUAAGAAAUCAGGUAAUGAGCAAUUUUUGACCGAACUUAGCAAAUGGGUUUUCCAUGAACGUGGUCAUCUUAAGGCUGUUGAUGUAAAACACCACAAAGUUGGAGAAACAGAUGAACCUGCUUUGUACAGGAUUAAUGAUGACUUGAUGUUCUCUGUUGAGAUCUAUGAGUGGUCUGGAUCAAGCUGGGAGCCAUAUGUCUCUGACGAUGUCCAAGUCCAGUUUUAUAUGAUGAGCCCCUAUAUUUUGAAAACUUUAUCGAAUAACAAAAAGGGUCUCUAUUAUACGUCAUUUAAGGUUCCAGAUGUUUAUGGUGUUUUCCAGUUCAAGGUUGAGUACCAAAAGCUUGGGUAUACAAGCUUAUCCCUUGCAAAGCAGAUUCCAGUCAGGCCAUAUAGACACAAUGAAUAUGAAAGAUUCAUACCAACUGCUUAUCCCUACUAUGGUGCUGCAUUUUCUACGAUGGCAGGAUUCUUCAUCUUUUCUUUUGUCCAUCUAUACAGCAAGUAGACUUGUAAGCAUCCAUCCCUACCAUGCUUUUGCCUUGGACUCUUGAAUUACAAAUUUUGUAGCCAACAAUGGCUGCCAUAGGUGUUUUCGUAG